AGACAACAAAAAAAAGCGAACAAAAGGGACAUCAAGACGACAGAAGAAAAACGAACAAACAUGACAACAAGACGACAGAAUAAAAAAAAAAAGCAACAAGCGCGACAUCAAGACGACAGAAAAAAAAAGCAACAAGCGCGACAUCAAGACGACAGAAAAAAAAAUGAAAAAAAGCGACAUCAAGACGAGAGACAAAAAAAAAAAAAAAAAACACAUCAAAAAUAUAAAGCGAACAACAGGGACAUCAAGACGACAGAAGAAAAACGAACAAACAUGACAACAAGACGACAGAAAAAAAAUGAACAAAAAAGAAAACGAACAAAAGGGACAUCAAGACGACAGAAAAUAAAGCGAACAAAAGUAACAUCAAGACGACAGAAAAAAACGAACAAAAGAGACAUCAAGACGGCAGAAAAAGCGAACAAAGGGGACAUCAAGACGGCAGAAAAGAAGCGAACAAAAUGGACAACAAGACGACAGAAACAAACGAACAAGCGGGACAUCAAGACGACACAUAAAAAAUGA